AUGGUAUCGCUGAAGAGCUUUUGGGCCCGAGCUAAGAAGGAGCAACGAGAAGAAGAGCGACGUGCAAAGCAGGCAGAACGCGAUGCUAGAUUAGCUCAGGAGAAGCAAGAGCAUGUUGACGACCAGGCCAGACUCAGUCGACUUCAUGAGCUACGGACAUCGGUCGAGGAUGAGCAAGAAGCCGAGCUGUCCGGUACACCAGACACGGAAUGCCAUCAGGCCGUACACGAUACAUUCGGGGAAACUCAGGACAUGUUCUCGUCCGGUGACGAGGACUCUGCUGGCGACGAUUCUGAAGAGUAUGAGGAGUGGAACGGCUUCAGUGACGAUGAAGAUGAGGAGCCGAACGAGGCUGGAAUAGAUUAUGUCGCUGCCGACUUCAACGACGACGACGAACACGGCUAUGAGAAUGUCUGGCACGGGGACAUUGACCAGGAAAUCGAUCGCCUGGCUUCUACGAUGAUGCCUGCCGAUGCCAAAAUACCUUCAGCCAACCCUCUUGAUAUUCCACACGAGUCUGAAAAGACUGCUGCUGCCUCAAAUGAUACUAGGAGGGGUCGAAGAGCUUCUUGGGCACCACGCCUGCUCAGUGCACUUCUGGUGACUAGCGUCCCCAUCCUCGUUGUAGCAGAACUUGAACAUGUUGGAGAAGUUCGUCUCGAUGAGGAUGUUGCUCUCGCGCUUCUCGACGAAGAGAGCCCUCACGUCCCCUUUGUACUCAGCGCACAUCUUUUGGCCAUGGUUGUCGUGGCUAAUCGAGAUCAUCAGCGAAUGGUUGAUAAUUGA